AUGGAUGAAGACCGUGCGAAGCGAACCAAAAGACAUGCGUUAGCUAAACGCGCAACGGUAGUUGAUCGUAUUAAAUCGGUCUUUGAUUUAGGAGUGUCUGGUGAAUCAGAUCUGAUUGCCCGACAGAAGUUUCUAAUAGCUGUCAAUAAUCUCACAGAUUUGUGGGGGAAAUUCGUAAUCGAGAACGAUGCAGUUUUGGACGCAUUAAUCUAUUUAGGCGAAGAGGAACAAUUUUCUAGUUCGACAGAGAUAGAGACAAAUGACCUGUUAGUUUCGGCCAAAGCUAUGGCCAAUCGUUUCUCGUCGAGUUCAAAUAAAACCGAGUCACCACCUGAAGCUCCCAGGUGUGCGAUGGGGUCUGAAGCAGCUGGCAGUUCAGACGGCCCAUCGAAGUCAUCAGAGGGGCAGUCUUUAGUAACCCUUUUUGUUCAGUCGUCUCAUUCAGUACGACUACCAGAAAUUCCCUUACCUCGUUUUGAAGGGGAAUUGGCAGAUUGGCCAGUGUUUCGUGAUCGUUUUAUGGCUCUAGUAGACAGUCGAUCCAACAUUUCAAAUAUUGAAAAAUUUUAUUAUUUGUUAAGUUGUCUAGAGUUGGAGGCCUCUGAUGUAGUAAAAGGCAUAACAGUUUCAAAUGACACGUAUUCGAUCGCUUGGGCUGCUCUGGUGCAACGAUACGAUCAACCUCGUCGAUUGGCGUCUUUGCUAAUAGAGUCAAUAUUAUCUGCUCCGAUAAUUCAACAAGAGUCUGUUGCGUCUUUAAAUAAAUUCCUCAAUGUAUUCGACGAAAAUAUCGCAAUCCUCGAUUCACUUGAAAUUCCUGACUUAGGAGAUUUUUUGCUAUUUUCGGUAGCCUUUCGCUCUCUUCCAGUUUUAUCACGUCGGUUAUUCGAAACUACCAUUCAGGAUGAAUACCCAAAAGUACAGGAGUUAUUUAAAUUCGUCAAGAGCCGGAUCCAGUUACUUGAGUUAGCAGGAGGGACCUCUUCUUCAACCGAUUCGAAGGUCACACCUUCGAAAUCACAAAAGAAGCGGCCACAAAAGCCAACGACAGCUACAUCGUUAACGGUUGUUAAGUCUACGGGCGCCCCACCUGCUAAAAUUAAUAAGUGUCCGGAUUGUAAUGGGUCGCAUCACCUGAGCAAUUGUCCCGUCUUCAAAGAACUGUCAGUGGAUGGUAGAUAUGAGGUUGUCUCAAAGCAUAGGUUGUGCAUGUCAUGUUUUAGCAACCUACAUUGGUCGAACAAAUGCCAGGAAGUCUGUUCAAAAUACAAACGACGUCACCAUCAGCUGCUUCAUAGAGAUUUCCAGCAGAAUCAAGAUAAGGCAGUUGAACAAUCAUCCGCGGUACUGUUCGGUUCACAUUUACCUACAUCUGUAUUGCUCGGUACAGCAGUCGUACUUAUCAAGGAUUCUGGAGGAGGCAUCCAACCUGUUAGGGCAAUUCUGGAUUCAGGGUCGCAGAUUAGCGUCAUUACGGCAAAAUGUUCAGACCGGUUAGGUCUCAGGCGGUCAAGAUGGACUGCCUCAGUGACAGGGCUCUCUGGUCAAAGUGUUCCAGAUGUACUAGGAACUGUGGACUUAGCUGUUCGUCUGCAUCAUGACACCGCUCCGGUCAUAACAAUGAAGGCGUGGGUGCUACCCGCCAUCACAUCAGAUAUGCCGAAUCGCCAAUUAGUUACCGGCAUCAGGGAAAGCUGUUCCCAUCUGCAGCUCGCAGAUCCUCAGUUUGAUACACCAGCUCCGGUUGAACUUUUAUUGGGCGCAGACGUCUUUCCACAGGUGUGGAUUGGUGAACAGCAGCCAUUAGGUCACGAACUCCAAUCCGUAUACAGCUCGGUAUUUGGAUGGGUGUUAAUCGGUCCUGUCUCCCAAGCGGGGAACUCGAAUGCACAUUGUAUGUUAGUAACUCUUUCGGAUUCAAUGGAAUCUUUGAUGGAACGGUUUUGGAAGGUAGAAGAGCCGGAAGAGGCAUUUUUACAAUUUACUGACGAAGGAUACUGCGAAGAAAGAUUUACAGAGGAGUCCACUAUCGAUGAAGAGGGUCGAUACAGCGUUCCAUUGCCGUUCAGACGGGAUCAGCUGGAUCCCACGUUCGAAGGUACGCACAGAAUUGCGGUCCAACGCUUCGAAUACUUAGAGCGAAAAUUGAAGCAGAAUGAGAAUUUAGGGGUGGCCUAUCGUAGUUUUAUGAAGGAAUAUGAGACGUUAGGGCACAUGGCUGUUGCGGAAAAAUCUGGCCAGUAUAUUAUCCCACAUCAUGCCGUUUGGAAACAGGAAAUUGGGAAAUCAAAGUUACGGGUGGUAUUUGAUGCGUCAGCUCGUAGCGCAUCAGGUCAAUCUCUAAAUGACACCUUAUAUAUAGGUCCAAAGCUUCAACGAGAUAUAGUAGAUGUGUUACUCGGUUUUCGGUUAUAUAGCUUCGCCUUCUCAACAGAUAUCUGUAAGAUAUACAGACAAAUUAAGGUGAAUGUAGAUUAUCGCGGUUACCAACAUAUCCUGUGGAGAGCUACUCCAACGGAUGUUCUUAAAGAGUAUGAGCUUAAUACCGUCACGUAUGGUGUCAACAGCGCUCCUUUCUUAGCUCUAAGAGUAUUACACGACAUCGCUGAUCGUUAUGGUACACAGUCCCCUUCAGUUCAGAAAGCUCUCCGGCUCCAAACAUAUAUGGACGAUAUCUGUACUGACGCAGCUACAUUAGACGAAGCUCGUGAGCUAAAACAUAAUCCCGUCAAGACACUGGAAAAUCAUGGGUUUGAGCUGAAAAAAUGGUCUUCUAGUACUCCAGAAUUUCUUGAAGGGAUUCCAGAAGAGGAUUGCGCCUCAGGCACACUGUCCUUCGACGAUAAAAGUACUGUUAUCCGGGUUUUAGGUCUGAAUUGGAAUUCAGAAGAAGAUUCAUUAGGUUAUGAUUUUAGUUCUAUAAAGUUUGUUCACAUAAAACGUGGUGUGCUUUCGGUUAUCGCUAGGAUUUAUGAUCCUUUAGGGUUUUUGUCGCCAGUCUUGUUGUUUGCAAAACACAUAAUGCAGCUAAUAUGGUCAUCAGGGGUAGCUUGGGAUGAUCGACUACCACUUGAGAUUGAGGAAAUAUGGUCACAGUUCGUGUCGGAUUUACCCUCUCGCGUCCCUCGUUUUGUAGAAACUCAGUCGGGAUCCACUUAUAAUCUAUGUGGGUUUUGUGAUGCUUCGGUGCGUGGAUAUGCCGCUCUUAUUUAUCUGCGCAUUGUUCUUCCGGUCGGUCAGAUAAAAAUUCGAUUCUUAGGGUCCAAAACCAAGUUAGCGCCACUUCAUGACAUGACAGUUCCUAGGUUAGAACUGUGUGGAGCGGGUCUUCUGGCACGUUGGAUGGCUCGAGUUCGAGAAACGUUAUCGGCUCAGUUAACGAUUUCAGAUUGGUAUGCAUGGACAGAUUCGUCCAUCGUUUUAUCGUGGCUCACCACUCCUCAGGUUUCCUAUAAAAUUUUUGUUUCGAACAGAAUUAAUAAAAUCAACCAGUUAUUGCCCGAUUGCAAAUGGUUGCAUGUAUCGUCUGAAGAAAACCCUGCGGAUUGCGCGUCCCGCGGUUUGAAACCACCAGAACUGAGAUAUCACGAAUUAUUUUGGAAUGGUCCUAGUUUUCUUUCUAAUAGUGCUGAUAGUUGGCCAUCGGAUCUACCGCGGGUUCCUGUUGAAAAACUUCCAGAGAUUAAAAUAACUUCGUUAUUGGUUAGCUCUGACCAAAACCACGAAUGGUUUAAUCGGUUUUCCUCCUAUCAACACAUGCUCCGGGUAGUAGUCUGGGUAAGACGUUUUGUGGCCUUGUGUAAAAAGAAACCGGCAUCUCUUGGGACUUUGACGUUCAUUGAAUUGAAUGAAGCCUUAACGGUAGUCGUUAGACAUUCUCAGCUCGUUCAUUUUAAUUUGUUGUAUCGUGAGCUCUCUCGUAAGUCCCAGGUUUCCUCAAAACAGUUAGCUCGAUUGUCACCGUAUCUUGAUUCAGCUGGAAUAAUACGUGUAGGUGGACGGCUGCUUAAUUCUCAAAUGUCGAUUCGUCAGAAACAUCCGAUUUUGUUAGCAAAAACAUCGUAUCUCUCCAUGUUACUGGUACGUCAUUGGCAUAUUUUCUCUUGUCAUUCAGGAACACGCUUAGUUGUUUCUCUCGUUUCGAAACAGUUUUGGAUCCUGUCAAUUCGAAGAGUAGUUGGAAACGAAUUGAAGAGGUGUGUUACCUGUGUUCGGUUAGCAGCUGUUAACCCUCAACCGGUGAUGUCUGAUUUACCGCCCUCUCGUGUCAUACUAUGCCGACCCUUUUCAAAAGUAGGGAUAGAUUUUGCCGGCCCUUUGACUAUGCGUGAACUUAAACUCCGUAAAGCCCGAGAAUACAAAGUCUAUAUCUCUGUCUUUAUUUGUAUGAUGGUGAAGGCUGUUCACCUGGAAGUCGUCACGGAUCUCUCAACCCCUGCCUUUCUGGCCGCAUUAGAUAGAUUCGUUGCACGACGCGGCCUACCGACAGAUAUCUAUUCAGAUUGCGGUACGAAUUUCGUAGGCGCGUCAAAACAACUCCGUAAGUUUUUCUCGGAGGCGAAAACCCAGGAUCACUUGAGCCCGCACCUCCCAUGCAGUUGGCAUUUCAACCCCCCCAGUGCGCCACACUUCGGGGGCAUUUGGGAAGCUGCGGUAAAAUCUAUGAAGAGGUUAUUAAUACGGGUCGUUGGGGUCCAUACUUUAACAUACGAGGAGCUCGUCACUGUGAUCUGUCGCAUCGAAUCGGUCUUAAAUUCAAGGCCACUGACACCGUUGUCACCUAAUCCAGGAGACCUGGAAAGUUUAACCCCAGGCCAUUUUCUGAUAGGUCAGCCACUCCUGUGUGUCCCCGAACCCAACGUUUCGGACUGUUGUUGCUACUCGCUAUGUUACCGAUGUAUGGGCGUCGGUGACUCGGUCUGA